GAGCGCGAGAGCCGAAAAUUCAGCUGAAACUUUCACACAUCACCUGUUUGGUUCUGUUCCGAAUGGAGAGAGAGAGUGAGAGACGGUAGGUUUUGAAGACCCACAAGCUUUCUUCUUCUGGCAUUCCUCCUAGCAGUCACUGAGAACAAGGCUUCGAUGGAAAGGAUAAGUAUUAUAGGAGUGUUUCUGAUUUUUCUCCUGUCCCAAUGUCACCAAUUUCAAGCGUUAGGAGACUUAAUAAGGACAAGGGGACUUCAUUUUGAGCUUCAAGGGAACCCUUUUUUCGCCAAUGGGUUUAAUGCUUACUGGCUCAUGUACACAGCAUCAGAUCCGUCUCAGAGAGCUAAAGUCUCCAACGCCUUCAGAGAAGCUUCGAGCCAUGGACUCACUGUAGCUAGAACUUGGGCUUUCAAUGACGGUGGCAACAAUGCUUUACAGUAUUCUCCAGGAUCAUACAAUGAACAAAUGUUCAAGGGUUUGGAUUUUGUGAUUUCUGAGGCGAAAAGGUAUGGGAUCCGGCUUAUACUGAGUUUUGUGAACAACUACGAAAACUUUGGGGGGAAGAAGCAGUAUGUGCAGUGGGCUAGAAAUCAAGGGCAGAACAUUGGAUCUGAUGAUGAGUUUUUCACUAAUAAUGUUGUUAAAGGAUACUUUAAGAAUCAUGUUAAGACUGUGCUUACGAGGUACAAUACCGUAUCCGGAGUUAUUUACAAGGAUGACCCUACCAUCUUUGCGUGGGAGCUCAUGAAUGAGCCUAGAUGCCCUUCAGAUACCUCCGGGAACACCAUACAGACAUGGAUCACAGAAAUGGCUGCUCAUGUAAAAUUUAUAGAUAGCAAUCACUUGCUUGAAGCUGGUCUUGAAGGAUUUUAUGGGCCUAAAUCACCCUCAGAGUUGCAAACAAAUCCAGGCAUUGAAGUGGGAACUGACUUCAUCUCCAAUAAUCUGAUUCCAGGAAUUGAUUUUGCUACACUCCAUUCAUAUCCAGACCAAUGGUUACCAAGCUCAACUGAUCAAUCCCAACUUCAAUUUUUGAACAAAUGGCUCGAUGCCCAUAUACGAGAUGCCAGCAAUGUUAUCAAGAAGCCCCUUCUCUUAACAGAGUUUGGCAAAUCUUGGAAGGAUCCAGGUUACAGCAGUUACCAAAGAGAUGCUCUUUUUAACACAGUAUACCGGAAAAUCUACCAGUCCGCGAGGACUGGAGGUGCAACAGCAGGUGGCCUCUUUUGGCAGCUUUUCACUGAAGGCAUGGACUCAAUGAGAGAUGGAUAUGAGAUCGUUUUGAACGAGACUCCAUCGACAACAAAGAUCAUCUCCAGCCAAUGCAGGAUGCUUCGAUACCUUGGUAAAAUGCUUGCCAGGGAGCGGAACAUUGCUAGGCUGGAGAGGGCGAAGGCCAUCAGAGAGGCUCAACAAGGUGGAGGAAUUAAAGGAAAUGGUAACUGAAGAUAAUGGUUGCUUCUGCACUUUGUAACACAAAUGCAGCUAUUUCAUUUAUUGCUACUGUUGCAUUUGUUAGUUUUUUAAGCUUUGUGUUUUUCCUUGGCAUGGUUUUCAUAUUGAAGAGGAGAGGAGUUGUUGGGGUGUUUAUAACAUAGUUUGUAAUAUAUAUGUAUCUGUAAGAGGUGCCGCGUACCUCGGCCAUUUGGUUGGCAUCCUCGGUGUACUACCCCUCUGGACAGGGGUUCGAAUCCCCUCUAGUGGCCUUAAGGUGGUGGUACUCAAAAUUUUAGGCAUGUUAGGAGUGGCUGGAGACUCGUAUAAUAGACUUUGGUCAUUACUUUUUUUUUAAAAAAAUAAUAAUAAAAAAUGUAUCUGUAAGAGAUCAUGAUGGUA